GGAACGGCCCGCCAGCCGGAGCCAUGGGCCGAUACUCCGGGAGGAGCUUCCGCCUCGUCUUCAUGUGCGUGGUGAGCAUCCUCCUGUUCGUGAUGGAGCUGGCGGUCGCCCACAUCGGCAACUCCCUGUCCUUGGCCUCCGACGCCUUCGCCGUCCUCUCCCACCUCCUGUCCAUGGUCAUUGGCCUGUUCAGCCUGCGGGCCAGCACCAUCUCGCACCAUAGGAAGAGCACCUUCGGCUUCCUGCGGGCCGACGUGGUGGGAGCCUUUGGCAACUCCAUCUUCGCCGUGGCGCUCAUGUUCAGCAUCCUGGUGGAGGCCAUCAAGAGGUACAUCAACCCCCAGAAGACGGAGGAAGCGCUGUUGGUCCUGUUGGCUGGGAUUAUUGGGCUUUUCUUCAACGUGCUCAACUAUGUCAUCCUGGACUGUUGCUACUGCUCAGCUGGCCGGCCCCUGGAGGACCCGGGCACAGGUGACUCCCUGAACGUCCAGCACGAGCCGGAGGAGACGAUAAGGAAGGAGAAGAAGUCGGAAGCCCUGAAUAUCAGAGGUGUGCUUCUGCACGUGAUGGGCGACGCCCUGGGCUCGGUGGUGGUGGUGAUCACGGCCACCAUCUUCUAUGUGCUGCCCCUGGACCAGAAUGCUGACUGCAACUGGCAAUGCUACAUUGACCCCAGCCUGACCGUCGUCAUGGUGAUCAUCAUUUUGUCGUCUGCCUUCCCGCUCAUCAAGGAGACCGCCAUCAUUCUGUUGCAGAUGGUCCCCAAAGGGGUCAACGUGGAGGAGCUGAUGAGUAAGCUCGCGGCCGUGCCGGACAUCAGCAGCGUUCAUGAACUGCAUAUCUGGGAACUUAUAAGUGGGAAGAUCAUUGCCACCCUGCACAUCAAGUACCAGAAGGACAGGGGGUAUCAGGACGCCAGUCUGAAAAUUCGAGAAAUCUUCCACAGGGCGGGAAUCCACAGCGUGACCAUCCAGUUUGAGGCCGUGGACUCGCCGGAGUCCCUGGAGCAGAAGGACACACUGUCACUCUGCAGCUCCCCCUGCAUCUCCAAGAGCUGUGCCAAGCACCUGUGCUGUCCCCCCCGGGCACUGCCCCUGGCCCACGUCAAUGGCUGUGCCGAGCACAACGGCUCUCCCCGCCUAGACAUGUACCAAAGCCAAGGCCUCGGUAGACCAGAACUCUCGGAAGUGGCGAUUGAAGUACCUCUGGAUGGCCGCGUGAGUGACCAUGGACAAGCUUUCACCAAAACUCAGGGGGACCAAUGUUAUGUCAACAGCACACAUUUUUAACCCAGUCCCCGCAUAAGCAGACUGUAUAGACGAGGCACUUUGGACCUACAGCUUGGCUUGUGGGAGUCAGUGUAGGCCCUGACCAAACCCACGGUGGACACUCUGUGGUCAGUGAGGGGUUGGCAGUGUGGGGUGUUCAUUGACCGUGUCUGUGAAUUUUUACGGGACUGACAGGGUAACCCAUUGCCUGGUCCUGGAGGUCUCAUGCUGCUCUUCAAGAGUGUUCGUUUGCUCCUUGAUUUUUCUGAAGCAAACUGCACUGGUGUGUGUAUGUCAGGGGCCCUGAAGGCGGGGACUCAGUGAUUGUGGACACGGGACUCAAAGUAGUUUUUGUUUGACACCCAUUAGAGCUUCCAGCUGACCCUCCGGUGAGCUCAUUGCCAAGUAUAUCGCACAAACUUAGGAGCCAUAAUGGCUGUUUUUUUGUUUGUUUGUUUUUUCCCAUUCCACUGGAAGAUUAUAAAAGAGGAAGAAUAGUCUUGCCACUGCAGCAAUUUUUUUUCUUUGGCUUAUUUUUGAAUGAAUGUAAAAUGGAGACCUAUUAAGGAAGAGACCACUUUCAGAACAGGAGAAAAAGUGGAGUUUAUGGGGGAGAGCGGGGAGAGAGCAGGAAGAAAAUGCUAUUGGGCCAUUUCAUUUUGUGAGGUGGAAAGAAAAUGAAUGUUUACUUUCUGCUGUGAACUGGGCGUUUCAAAUGUUUAAAUAUAUAAACUAUUUUUCUUUUUUUCACUUGGAAAUAUAGGAAUAUUUCUACUUAAAUAUGACACAAGUACUUUCAUACUAUCUUUGAGAUUCAGUCCAUGGGGACUGUUUUCAUUUAUUUGCUUAAUAAUGACUUACUUAUUUGUCCAAAUUUCCUUUGAGUCUUUUUUUUUUUUUAAUAUACGAUCACAUUAAUCUAUGAGGCAUUUACCAGGAGAAAAAUGAGCAUUUCUGGGUAGAAGAAUAUAUAAUAUUCUGUACUCAUUCCUGUACCCGAAUUAAGCUAGGUUGAUUUUUCUUUAAUGAGACAUAUUUA